CUAGCAUUACUUUCACGGUGGAAGGUGCCGCCGUUAGAUCUCGAAUUUCACCCCACCGGAGGUUGCCGAUCGGAGCCGUCUCUGCGGCGACAGAAGGACAAUCGGAAGAACUAAGAGAGAGAGAGAGAGCUAGCAAGGAAUCGCACGACAUGCAAAAAGCGGCGCAAGCAUGGUUCGGCGGAGGUCCGAGCAGCAGCAGUGGCAGCAGCUUCGGUGACGGACUGGAUAAGGAGAAGCCGUCCUUGCUCGCCGACUGGAACGCCUACGCCGCAGCUCAGGACGACGCCGAUGCCGAUCCCGAUAUCGGCUUCGAUAUCGAAUCCGCCGUCCGAUCCACCAGCGACAAAGUCACCGGGACUUUCAGCGUGGUAUCGAAAGGAGUGAGGGAUCUGCCGGGAAGUUUGAAGUCAUCCACUAGCAAUGUCCCUUCUGGGAAGUCUUUCAUGUACUUUGGCGUACUCCUUGCCUCUGGAGUGUUCUUCGUCUUUCUAGCAUUCACAAUGUUCCUCCCCGUGAUGGUGUUGGUUCCCCAGAAAUUUGCAAUCUGCUUCACCAUCGGCUGUGCUUUCAUAGUUGGUUCGUUUUUCGCUCUCAGAGGCCCCAAGGAGCAGCUUCUACAUAUGUUCUCCAAGGAGAGGCUUCCCUUGACUUUGGGAUUCAUCGGCACAAUGGUUGGAACAGUCUAUGUAUCCAUGGUGCUCCACAGUUACGUUCUUUCAGUCGUCUUCUCAGUUCUACAGGUUAUCGCGCUAUCAUACUACGUCAUUUCUUACUUCCCUGGAGGAUCUAUAGGAAUGAAGUUCAUUUCUUCAACUCUUACAUCUUCUGUAAUGAGAUGUUUUGGAAGGUAAUGCUCCAUUUGGUUUUGCCUUUUUUGUGCAAGGCUUCUGAAUUCGUAACAUUUAACAGAACGCUGAUGUUGUAAGGAAUCCAAUCAUUCUAAGAGCAAUGUGAUAUUGAGCUUGUGCUACUUCUUCUAUACAUAGCUUUCCUGUCCCGAAACAACUAGCUAGGAUAAAACAGAAA